AUGCUGGGAUACGGUGGAAGUGGAGCUAUGCAAUGCAGUGAGAUAAUUUUCAACACAGGGUCUAUGCCAAAUGGGGUGAAUAAUAAUUUUCUGGUAUUGAUUCCAAAGGUGGAUGGCGCAAAUACGCUUGAUAGAUUUUUCCCUCUUUGUAUGAGCAACUUCUUCUGUAAAAUCAUAUCCAAAGUUAUGGCGAUGCGCCUUGAGACUCUCCUCCCUCGUCUGAUCUCAGAAGAGCAAGGUGCCUUUCAAAAGGGGAAGAUGAUCCAUGACAACAUAUCUGUGGCUUCUGAGCUUGGAAAUUUAAUGUUCUUUGCAAAUAGAGGUGGGGGCCUUGGUCUUAAAAUUGACAUAAGGAAGGCUUAUGAUACUAUUUCCCUAGUCAUUCAUUUUUCAGGUUUUGAGUAA